AUGCGUAUUCCCGUAGAUCCCAGCACCAGCCGGAGGUUCAGCCCCCCUUCCAGCAGCCUGCAGCCCGGCAAGAUGAGCGACGUCGGCCCGGCGGCGGUGGCUGCGGCGGCCGCCCAGCAGCAGCAGCAGCAGCAGCAGCACCAGGAGGUGGGGGCGUCGGCGGCGCCCCCCCGGCUGCGGCCCCACGACAACCGCACCAUGGUGGAGAUCAUCGCCGACCACCCGGCCGAGCUGGUGCGCACCGACAGCCCCAACUUCCUCUGCUCCGUCCUGCCCUCCCACUGGCGCUGCAACAAGACGCUGCCCGUCGCCUUCAAGGUGGUGGCUUUAGGAGAAGUCCCCGAUGGUACAGUGGUCACGGUCAUGGCUGGGAAUGACGAAAAUUAUUCUGCGGAGCUGAGGAACGCUUCUGCUGUCAUGAAGAACCAAGUGGCGCGGUUUAACGACCUGCGAUUUGUGGGCCGAAGUGGAAGAGGGAAGAGCUUUACUUUGACAAUAACGGUCCUUACAAAUCCCCCCCAAGUCGCUACAUACCACAGAGCUAUCAAGGUGACAGUGGACGGACCACGGGAGCCAAGGAGGCACAGACAGAAGCUUGAUGACUCUAAACCUAGUUUGUUCUCUGAGCGCCUCAGUGAUUUAGGGCGCAUCCCUCAUCCCAGUAUGAGAGUAGGGGUCCCGACCCAGAGCCCACGGCCCUCCCUGAACUCUGCACCAAGCCCUUUUAAUCCACAAGGACAGAGUCAGAUUACAGACCCCAGACAAGCACAGUCCUCCCCUCCAUGGUCCUAUGACCAGUCUUACCCAUCAUACUUGAGCCAGAUGACUUCACCAUCCAUUCAUUCCACAACUCCCCUGUCCUCCACACGAGGCACGGGGCUUCCUGCCAUCACCGAUGUGCCCAGACGGCUCUCAGACUCAGAACCCUGUACCCCAGACACGCCCUCCGCCACGGCCUCCCCAUCAUCUUCCGAAGAGCCCACCCCUCUCACAGCCCCUCCCUCUCCCUCCCCUACUUAUGACUGUGAGGCCCCCACCUUUUCACCACCGUUGUCCAACUGCACCUUGGCCUUGACUACGGAAAUGCCACCACGGACAUCAGCCUCUGCUGCUCCGAACCCAUCAUCAGUGUCCAUCUCAACCCAUCAGCUUGGGCUUCCUUCUACUCUUCCACCUGCCGCUGCUGCCCCAGGUGGCAUUUACUCACCUGCAGGGGCAGCUGUUUCCCCUAGCCACGCCCCGCAUCUCAUUGACUGGCUCCCUUACCUUGCUUCUGUGAUGUCUACCACGAUGCGGGGGAAGGAAGAAGAACAGCCACUUACCGGGACAGGACUCGCAGAAAGCACGAAGAGGUGUGGGAGCGCUUUUCUGCCUGCGCCGAGCGAAGGGACCGGUGUUCAAGCCGACUUCAUCAAGCAGCAGCCCCCGGAAUCUGUUUGCUCGCCUCCGCCCUUCUCGGACAUCCCUCCGCAUCCCGAUCAGCCCCCUGCGACGCUCGGGGACAUCCUGGCGGAGCUGCAGACGAUGAACAGCCACCUAGCGAUCAUUGCAAGGGCGCUCAGCCACCUGGCGUCAUGCUUAGCACCCCAGCAGGAUUCUACAAACACUCCAGGUUUGUAA